AUGAUGAACCCGCUAUCCACCCCAAUAUCGAGAGCCUUCUUGAUCAUAGUCCUAAUCACCUUCUCAAUAGUCCUCCUAGUCUACCACAAAUCCUACGUCAGCGACACCAUCCACCACACCAUCCACCGCAACAGCACCAUCCAGAAGACGGCCCUCACGCUGAGGAAUCGGUUCUUGAUGCUCCAGACCUACUAUGAGCUCCUUAAAGCCCUUAUAUAUUUGGUGUGGUUAUUCCCAAUACUGGCGCUCGUGGUGCCGCCGUAUUUUGUGACCAGUGCGGCGUGGAAAAGGGAGUAUAAAGAUGCGUGUAAAGGUAUGGCCAUCAUGGCUGCUCUAGACUCGCCGGCGGAGAGAGCAACGAAUAAUAUCCGCUUCAUGAACCAUGCUACCAACUCUGGGUUCAAUAUGACGAUGAAUCCUGUCCCCGUGGCGGGGAGCAUGGACCUGAACGGGACCUACAACUUCUCCGUUGUCGCUGACAGUACACGGGGCGGCAACACCAUUGUCCAGGAGGGUGAGUACGAACUGGGGGAACAUUUCGGUAUUCCAAAGAUGGGUCUGCAGGGCAACUUGAGCCGUUUCGAGGCAAGCUGCGGCUUCGACCCGACAGUGAGCAUUGUGGAUGCGGAGGGGAAGGUGGUGGUCAAGACGGUGCAGUUUACGAUUUGCGGAGAGCUACAGGCGUGUGUUGAUGAGAGGUUGGGGGAUAUGGCGGCGGUGCCGGUGGGGUUGUUGGUGCUCCAGAGGGCGGCGAGGGGGCCUGCGAGUUGCUGUAGUUCAAAACGUAGGGAGCUGGGGACUGAGGGAAGGGAGUCUGAUUUCACGCAAAGGAAUGUGUAG